AGUUGAUGGAGCAGAGAUGGAUAGGACUGAUCUAUUAGAGGAUGUCCUCGCCACUACGGACAGCCUCCAUGGCGUUGUUCUCUCUUGGCCGUAUAAACCCUCUCAUGAGAGAUAUUUAGAGAUCUCUAAGAAUUUGGGCUUUCCGGUCUAUAAAAAUAUUGCAACCAUUUUACACAGAGCUGAGGCUACCAAAAGCUUGAUACUGCGCAUGCCGCUGAAGUUUAAAAUAAUCACUCCUCUGGUCGGAUCCCUUAAAUCAUGGUUGGGAUUGCGGGAGAUCGUCUUCGCUGGUUGCAAGAUUGGAGAGAACUUCAAUGUUUUCAAACCUGUUCUGAAUACUCUUAAAUCGUUAAGUUUGUUGAAUCUGUCCCAGAAUUGUCUACUCCCAGUAUACCUGGAGAACAUAGUUCUACCACCCAACCUUGAUUCUCUUAAUCUAGCGCACAAUCCAUUCCAGGACCAUUCACUCAGGUUUCUGAGCCCAGUUCUGAUGUCUAGUCCAGUUCUGAGCACACUAGACUUAUCCUACUGUUCAUUUACUCACCGGUUAUUUAAUACCGGAUGUAUUGAAUUUACCCAGGCCAUCUCAGGUUUAACCGAUCUAAAUAUUGCUGGCAAUGAUCUUGGACCUGAAGGUAUUGAGAUUCUUCUGAAGUGCUGUCCUACAACCUUAACAACGUUAAAUCUAUCGGCUACUGUAUCAGGAUCCGACGGCAAUUUAUUGAAAGGUUUGGUUUCCUUCUGUCAGCGGGGAAACCAAGAAACUAGACUGGAAACCAUUCUUCUUAGGAAUUGUUAUUUAUCUGAUAUUAAUAUACCCGAUCUGUGUACUGCAGUAUCCAGCUUACCACGGUUAAAGAAGUUGGAUUUGUCAAGUAACGGUGUAACACCGUCUGGAGUCCACCAGCUGUUAACUCGUGUAGCAGAGACAGAUCGUCAGCUGACCGAUCUUCUUCUAGACAACUGUCACAUGGUCAUUGGACAAGGUUAUGAAGAGAUGGUUAAUGGAGUUAAGAUAUUAAUGGAUUGGCACACCAAACUGAAAUAUCUCUCAUUCCCAGAGGACAAUGCUGACCUUGUGGAGCGGAUUCGGAAAAUCUGGAUUAAUAGCUGGGGGUCAACUAGUAAACAGUAUUCAGAUUCAACACAGAAUAUCAAGUUCUCAAUAGCAUAGUACACCUUACUUACAGUACAUUACCAUCUUUACAAAUACAAACAAAGUACAAGUGUUUACUUCAAAACCUUUUUCAAAAUGAAUUUUGUAAACAAUUUAGAUCUGUGAUAUGUAUAUGAUUAUACAGAUGUAAUCAUCUAAUAUUGAUUUUAAAAGAAUUUCUAUGUUAAAAUACAUAAUAUUGCAAUUUUUUAAUCUACUUUGAAUAAAACUUUACAUAUGUACAUUGUACAAGACUCAACCUUUAUUGUGAUUGUAGACGUAGCAAUAAAAUAAAAUGAAAAUCUUAAUAAGAA